CCCGGUCCGUAUUUAUUCCCGCCAACAUUAAAAAAAAAUUGAAAAAAAAAUUAUUAAAAACUUGAUUAUUCGUCGCGUUUUGUUGGUACGCCAAAGUGUCUUGUUGUCUCUUGACUAUGAUUACGGACCCUAGUUUAGUAAUUUAGGGAUUUUUUUUCGCAGUUGGUGUUUGUAGUGACUGACUAACCGGAUUGUUGUUACUGUGGUUUUGCUAACUUUUCUGGUGAUUUUUUUUUGUUGUCGUUUGUUGUUGUUGUGGGGUGCGUUAGUUGACGCAUUCUACGACCGGAGGGCGGCAAAAUUCGCGUAAAAAACAGGGAUCCGGUGCCGGUUUACGCCAUGGAAAUGGACAGGGCCCAGGGUGGAUUAGGGGAUGAUAGUCCUGUGUCACAUAACGAGGAAGACAUGAGCGACGGCGACCCCCACUCCGGUGCCGAGCAAGAGGACAGUUGUGACGAAAUCCGACGUCACGGCAUCCUUACUGAUCACAACGAUGUCCUUACCAAGCUAAAAAUGCAAGUGAGGGACAUCAAUGUGAGGGUAAGCAAUGGUUUAUUUCCACUUACUAACAAGGACGACUACGAAAACCAAAGAAACCAACUGAACUUCCCGCGUCCACAAGAGGGCGGAAUCCCGUUCCCGGUUCCAUUUCCGUUUCAGCACCCCGCGACUGCGUUUCUUCCACCGAUGGCACCUCAACCCCAACCUCCCUCCUCGGGCAGUUCACACUCUUCAGAGGGAAGCGCCUCCUCACAGCACACCUGGUCUUUUGAGGAGCAAUUCAAACAGGUGCGUCAGUUGUACGAGAUCAACGACGAUCCAAAACGGAAGGAGUUCCUGGACGAUCUGUUCUCUUUUAUGCAAAAACGAGGGACUCCCAUCAAUAGACUUCCAAUUAUGGCGAAAUCGGUAUUGGACCUGUACGAGUUAUAUAAUCUGGUAAUCGCACGUGGGGGCUUAGUUGACGUUAUUAAUAAGAAAUUAUGGCAAGAAAUUAUUAAGGGGCUUCACUUACCCUCAUCGAUUACCUCGGCCGCAUUUACAUUAAGGACACAAUAUAUGAAAUAUUUAUACCCCUACGAAUGUGAUAAACGUCAACUGAGCACCCCCGCGGAACUCCAGGCGGCCAUCGACGGUAACCGAAGGGAAGGUCGACGGAGCAGCUACGGGCAAUACGAUGGCAUGGCCAGGUACGGGUACGAAUCUCCAAACCCCACGCACCAACUCAACCCGCUCUCCUUGGUCUCUGCGGCCCAGCAACAACAGUUAGCCGCCAGGAUGAAUUCUGUGAUGGCCGGAGGGGUGGCGUUACAUAACGGGGUUCACCAUCCCAGUCAUCCGCCCCCGAUGAAUCAACCGAUGAACGGCGGUGGACCGUUGCCUGGUCUACCCAACUUGGCCCCAAGUGAAUUCGAAGCCAGAAUGAUGGAGUACAUUAAGUUGUUGAAUAAGACUGAUAUGAGUUCGUUAUAUUCCAGACCGACCACGACGACACCUCCACGUCAAGGGGACGUCACACCUCCAAAUGCCACCUCACCCCUCACCCCCUUCGAGGUGCAACAGCGGAUGAACCUCUUUAACCUCUACAACAAUAAUCAGCCUCAAGUUGAGCCUCAAAAGGAGCCGAUCAACCUCUCGGAACCCACCACGGCGAUAAAGAGGGAACCGGAGUGUAGGGAGUCGCCGCCACCGCCUAAGAGGAUCACCAAAGAGGAGGAGGAGGAGCCGAAAAUGAACUCACCCGCCUCGCCUGUACAUAGGAGUACGCAUAUUAAAAUUAAUAAUAGAGGUGAUGCCCGAAACGGCGACAACUCACUAGUGGUAAGCAUGGAACUGAACGGGGUGACUUACCAGGGUGUUCUCUUCGCGCAGACCUCCUCACAAUCGAAUUCGCACGCAGCGAUCGCCUCGUAAACGUCUCCUAAUUAGUGAG